CGCACAGCCGGAAUUGAACUGCAUCCAAAUUAAGGGCGUACAAAUAAGGCGGACCGCGUUGCGUGCGUUGCCGCGCUUAUCUUUCACAGUUGACAACAACUUUUACACAGGCCUGUGUCACUCUUGAGCAUAAAUUUCGGACUUUGGCCCGUGCGAUAAUAAGCAAUGAAUUGAUGAUCACAGCAUGUUGACCUCAUACCAUACCCACACGCUCAAGACCACCAUUCAAUCCUUCCAAACAACAACAACGACGAAAGAUGGCAUCUACAACAAUUACAGAAUCACUUUAUGUCAUCUUAGGCGUGAAUGAAGAUGCAAGUACACAAGAGAUAAAACAAGCAUACAAGAAAGCCGCAUUACGAACACAUCCCGAUAGAGCAUUACCGGAGAAAAAACAAGAAGCUGAAACGAAUUUUAAACGAGUGGCAGAAGCAUAUGAAAUCUUAUCAAAACCAGAAAGUAGACAUCGAUACGAUAUGUUCGGUACGCCAGGAUCGCCUCCUCCACCUCGAUCAAGCGGCAGAGCAAGACCUUAUAACACUACAAACGACAAUCCAUCAAAUACAUACUUUGGCACUUCUCCCGAUUCGAAACCGUUCACAUUCCAAUGGGAAUCAUCACACGAUUCAGCCAGAAGAGCACAAGCACAAAGAGGUGCCGGUUUCCGUACUGCUUGGGGAGGUAGUGCUUGGGGAGCGGAUCCGUUUGAAUUAUUCAAUCAAAUGUUUGAACAAGAACUUCGUAAUUCUCGUCCUUCAAGAGAAUUUUUUAACAAUCACAAUCAUCCUUUUCAACAAGAUCCCUUCUUUUCCACUCAUAGACCAAUGAUGCCAGAUCUUUUUGCCGGUUUUGGACCUCCUGGACCUUCCAUGCACGAUGAAAUGGAUACUGGUUUUCCCGCCACUAGAACUAGACCGUUUGGAGGAUUUGGCAUGUCUAAUGUGAGCUCUAUGAUGGGCUCAAUGUCAUCUGGCACGCAUAGCUCGGGUGGCGGUGGAGGACAUUUCGUUAGCGAAAGUCGUGAAACACGUACUGUCAAUGGACGUACGGAGACGAUUAUUCGAAAAACUGACGGUCAAGGCAAUGAAACGGUGGAGAGAAUCACACCUGAAGGCAGAAGAUCCACGCUCAAUGGUGUUGAUCUGCCGAUGCUUUCACAAGGUAAUUCAACCAAUGCAGGAAUGCUUCCUCAACAGGGUUUUCCUAAUUGGCGAGGUUUUUGAAGUCGUCUAAUUUCGGAUCUAAUCUUAUAUUUUCUUGGUAUAGCAACGUCAUCUAAUCAUUAUAUUUCUCAAAUGUACACCACUCAAUUUCAUCAUGUAUUUUAAUUUCUCCAUUCCUCGACGAAUAUUAAUGUGAUCUUGUCCCCUG